AAUAUCGGAAGAGUAUCGCGGUUUGUCUCGGUGACAAAUAAUCGUGUGUUUAUGGGAGAUAUGAUGUGUAUAUUGUGUUAGAGUUGAGUCUGAGUAAAUGUUCAGGUUAUUAGAUUUAGUGAUGAUUUAGUGAAGGUUCUCGCGCUGAUGUUGGUUGCUGGGUUGUUGUUGUUAGCUAACAGGCUAAUCACAGACAGCUGACCCACUCUCCUAUAAUAACUAAACAUGUAUCGUUCGUUUAGUUUGGUAUUAAAAGCUUUUAUUUGCUGGUUUUAAUCGCGUUUUCUUUCUUAAGAGCGUUCAACUAGUCGUUUAUUGUGUAAAUGAAUCAGUAGUUGUGUUCAGGAUGAGUAGGAAAAAUCAGCAUUAUAAAGGAGCUGAAGUCAGCUGCUGUGUGAAGUAUUUCUUAUUCGGAUUUAACAUCGUGUUCUGGUUGCUGGGAGCUGCGUUCCUGGCUGUAGGACUCUGGGCAUGGGCUGAAAAGGGUGUGUUGUCAAACAUCUCUUCUAUCACCGAUCUGGGAGGGUUUGACCCGGUAUGGCUUUUCAUCGUGGUCGGAGGUGUGAUGUUCAUCCUCGGCUUUGCUGGCUGCAUCGGGGCGCUCAGAGAAAACACCUUCCUGCUCAAAUUUUUUUCAGUGUUUUUGGGGCUCAUCUUUUUCUUGGAGCUGACCGCGGGAAUUCUGGCAUUCGUCUUUAAAGACUGGAUCAAGGACCAGCUGAACUUUUUCAUUCACAACAAUGUCAAAGCCUACCGAGAUGACAUCGACCUGCAGAACCUUAUCGAUUUCGCUCAAGAAUAUUGGUUAUGCUGUGGUGCCCAUGGGCCGGACGACUGGAACAUGAACAUCUACUUCAACUGCACAGAGCCGAACCCGAGCCGAGAGCGCUGUGGCGUCCCUUUCUCCUGCUGCAUCAAAGACCCAGCUGAGGAUGUCCUGAACACCCAGUGUGGCUAUGACGUGCGGCUUGAAGCUGACCUAUCUCGACAGAAGUACAUCUACACCAAAGGCUGUGUGGGGCAGUUUGAGAAGUGGCUGCAGGACAAUUUGAUUGUUGUCGCUGGCAUCUUUGUUGGCAUUGCGCUAUUACAGAUUUUUGGGAUCUGCUUGGCCCAGAACCUGGUGAGCGACAUCAAAGCAGUCAAGGCUAACUGGUGACCCGCGGACGGGGUCUAAAAGGCGGAGUUGACCCCGGUGUAACCUUCUGCAUCACGCCGGUCUUUAAAACGGCACAGAGGAGCCGCUGAGCAGAGAUGCACAUUCCUGUGGAGCUUUAUUUCCAAUACGUUUUAGAUAACACGAACAAUAUUCCUUUCUCUUUCUUAUCGUCGAGAAUGCGACCGACGAGCAGAGACGAGUUCUCGUUUCCUUUUAUUAGCCUGUGGAAAACAUUCCGGCUCCUAUGCACUUGCAGACUAUUGAAACCCCCUUGAAUUUUAAGCUCAGAUUGAAAGGGACGGAUGCGUACAGAGCCAUACUGCAAAAAGCAUGCGGUGUGUUCUUCCGCCCGUCAGUCAAACUUGAUGCACAACAUCCAGCCAGCCAGACUUGCCGUACUUGAAAAUAGGCGCGUUCCUAUUCCAGAGUGCAACCACUACGCUCGGAUAGCUGGAGGAAGUGUCCGUUUGUACAGCCGUGUGUAUUUCCUCCAGCCGAGGAUCUCGUAUAUCCGUUAUCUCUCUUUGGAUGGUUAUUUUUUGGUUUGUUUUCAUAUGGUUAGAGAUUAAUAGUGAUAUGUUAAAAAUAAACAUAUGAACUACGCUGCUUUAA